GCUUCCAAGUUCCAAAGGCGUUCCUCAGAACGCCAAACCUAGUCGAGUACUUGAGCUCUUCUCAGAUUGAGCUUUAUUUGGUCAACCAACUGAAGAAGAACAAAGCUCAGUCUGAGAUCUGUCUCCAUGUAAUUGUUCCUGGUUUGUACGAUUGUUUGUGCCUUUCGAGGUUGAAGACAAAGAAUCAUGAUACCUAUCUUAGUUGAUUACAAAAAUCUGAUUCUCCAAGCGGCGCUGUGUCUCACGGUUACAUUCUUCCUCACCAUACUUAGGAUCCCAACCAGAUUUCUCGAGGGUCUUUACACUUACAUCCACCCAGAAAACCUCGGCAACGACCAGAAUCAAUCGAGUGUCAGAGCGGCAAUUAGGAGGCCUCAGAGCACCGAUUCAUCAUCUGGGUCUGGUCUUGAGGGUUACAAGAAUCUCUCCUCCAGAGAACACUCAGAGCCCAAGAAGAGGAAUCGUUCCAAAGACAAAUUCGAAUUUGACGAAAGCAAUGCGCAGAUCUUCAGAUUACGUCUCGUCGAUAGCCAUCUCGAAUCGCGGCUUUAUUUUGCGGGGUAUCGAGAUACUUUCGUUUACUCGAUAGUUGCUCUCUCAAGUAUUCUGCUUCACCGUUUCUUGCCAGUCUCGGAGGGCUCCGGAACUCUCGUUAAUGGAGCUCUAGUUCCUGUUCUUUUGGGCCUCGUUGCUGUUUGCAAGAUAUUCGUGUUGCUUGGCAAGGUAUCGUUUGAGAGAUCUGCGUCGAAAAGGUCGGAGAAGCAGAUAAGCAUCCUUCUGGGCUUUUUGGGGUUUCUCUCAGUGCUUUCGAUUGUUUUUGGGGUUGCUCCUUCGGUGUUCGAUUUUGAACUUGAUUCAGUUGAUGGCUUAGGGAAGUUCUCGAUCGCUGUUUUUGUUGGAUGUCUUACGGGGUUUUUGUUCAUGCCAGCGACAAAGAGUGCGAGGUCAUUUUGGCUUGGAACUGAUCAGCUUCGUUGGAAUUUGUCCAUAAUUUCUUGCGGUUGGAUUGCUCGGAUGCUUCUUUAUAUCAAUUUAUUGGUGAUUAUAUUCGCAUCAUUGCUUUGGAUUAAUCCAUUUGCAGAAAUGCUUGUUAACAAGAACAGUUCUGAUAUCAAUGGAAGGCAUUCGAGUAUGAGGACUAGAGAUUCUGAUAAGUUGGCUGGGAAUAUAGGGAUGGCACAAUCCGAUUUUACAAAGUUGAGGCUUUGGUGUUUGUUGGUUUCAGGUUUGUCACAGAUUGUGGCGCUGCGCCCGAACUUGCAAAUGUAUUUAAACGAGGCAGUGUUAUCUUGGUAUCAGAGAUUGCAUGCUAGUAAGGUUCCAGACUUGGACUUCAGUAGGGCAAAGAUCUUCUUGCAUAAUUAUUACCUCUGUUUAGUAGUUUUGCAGUUUUUUGCACCAUCAAUGCUGGUACUCCUUUUUCUUGGUUUGUCUCAAUUUGAGGGUGAUUUAUUUACGAAGGUCCCAUUUGUAUGCGGCUUUUUCCCUUGUUCUGUGUUUGUAAAAGAAGUAGCUUUAUUUAUGGCUUGGUGGGUUGUCUUUGUUUGGACCCUUUUUACUUCGGCAAGCCUUGUUCUGUAUCGUCGUGGUUUUUUAUACGUUUCUUGACAGUUUUGCUUAUGCAUUUUGGCCCUUAAUAUUGGGCCAUUGAGUUGUAUUUUUUCUUAAUUUCAAAUGAAGAGUGAUCUGCUUGUAGCACUACUUUUUCUGUGUCCAACUAAUACUUUCAUUUUGUUGAGUAAGAGGAUUUUUGUAAUGACACAUUAUCUUAAUCUUAUCAGCCUUAAUUAUUAGCAUUAUGAA